CAGAUGACGUUUGAGGUUAUGGACACGUCACUUUAAAUUUUCUUUAAUUAAUCUGUUUUUUAUCAAUUCCGUCGUGUUUAAUUCGUGAUGGUACGAUUACUAAAGUGUUUUGAUGUGCUAAGCGUGAAAUAAGUACUUUGGAGAAAAUGCUUUGCUCACUUGCCAUAGCUGUGAUUGUGGCCCCAUUGCUGGUCCUGGGGCACGAUGUGAAAGGUUUCGAUGAUACCGUUUUAUUUGAUAUUCAUUGGCCCGGCGAAAACACCGAAAAUAUUGACUUUGCCAAUGCGGAAAAUAUUAUUGUGACGAGUUCACAUCAAGAGAAAUAUCAGUGCAUUUUGCCUAAUAUUCAGGAAAAGGAAACUUCAAGUGAGGAAAAAUACGACGGGCCGACAGCGUUGGAAGUUAUUUCGCCCUUAUUCACGCAGAGUUCUUGCACGUAUCGAUUAGAGUCCUACUGGACUUACGAAGUGUGUCAUGGGAGGUUUAUUCGACAGUACCAUGAAGACCGCGAGGGGAAAAAAGUUAAACUACAGGAGUACACUUUAGGACGGUGGGAUGAAAAGUUGUACGAGAAGAUGUUAGCGCAAGAAAAGGAAGCAGAAAAAGACAAAAAUACCCAAAUCCCUGUUAAAAAAAUCGACAAUGUUAAUUUGCCCUAUGUUGAGAUUUUGAUGGGAAAUGGGACUCAGUGUGACUUAAAUCAGAACAAACCUCGCGAAACUCGGGUUUUGUACGUGUGUUACAUUCACGGGAAGCAUGAAGUAUACUCCUUGAAAGAAACCUCGACUUGUCAAUACGAAAUAAUAAUUCUCUCACCCCUUCUGUGCUCACACCCCAAAUACAAACCUAAGGAAACGGGAGAAAACAAAAUUAACUGUAUUCCGCUCGAAAACAGCCCCCCUCAACCUUACAAUUUGGCCAAGAUGAAAAUCGAGAGUACGAAACUGAGACGCAAAUCCGACCUCGACCGUAUUAAAAUCGAGUUCGUUCCACCCCCGGACUUCACCGAUAAAGAAGAAACCACCAAAAUGCCCGAAAGCAAGCCACUCGAUACUUCUCCAGUCCAGAGCUUUCUUGCAGGAAAAAACUGUCUCACCGGGGGCACCGGUUGGUGGCGGUAUGAAUUCUGUUACGGCAAGUCAGUGGAACAAUAUCAUAUUGAAAAAGACGGUUCUAAAGUCACAAUUAAGUUGGGAAUGUUCAAUAAACAGAAACAUAUAGACUGGAUUGAGCAGCAUCCACACAAGAGACCCAAACCCUUGGCCCAGAGAACACAGUUAUCACAUUUUUACUCCGAAGGAACAGUUUGUGACAAGACCGGAAAGCCGCGCCAAACAGAAGUGAAACUCAAAUGUUUGGAAGAUUCAACAAGCUUAAAUACAGUGUCCCUUUAUUUGUUAGAGCCGCGAUAUUGUGAGUAUAUUCUAGGGGUCGAAUCGCCCCUUGUUUGUGACAUUUUGUCAAGAGCUGACGAAAAUGGACUCAUUGAUAUUGAGGAGGAUGAAGGCGAUGAAGUACCUACUGUGAACAUAAGAUUGUAGUAGUUGUGAAAAAUUGUUGUGUUGUAGAUGCAAUAAAUUUUUUUAACACGUUGUGUGAAUAAACAGUUGUUUUGGA